AUGUCAAGAAGUGCUUUUUUCUUCAAUGGUCGCAUUUUCACAACGACCACGGCUGGACCUCAUGAAAAGCCUACUUUCGCCGAUAGCAUGCUAGUCGAAAAUGGCAAAAUCAUCGCCAUUGGGUCAUCUGCUGAGGUCAUCGCUUUGAAGACUACCUCAGAUACGGAGACUCGCGACCUACAGCAGAGGAGCGUUUUAUCAGGCUUCAUCGACGGUCAUAUGCAUUUACUUCUUCUGGGUCAGUCGCUACGCAAGCUCGAUCUCAAGCACUGCAAAUAUUUUGAUGAUAUUACAGCAACUAUCAAGGAAUACGCACUGGCGCAUCCAGAUGCACCGACUAUUCUAUGCAAGAAUUGGAUGCAUGUCAUGACACCGAAUGGUGUCACGGCUGCCAUGCUGGAUGAUAUUGACCCUCGACCAAUCUUUAUUGAUGCGAGCUCACAGCAUUCCUGUUGGUGCAAUACUGCAGCGUUGAAGGAGCUAGGUGUUGCCGAUAUUCCUGAUCCUGCAGGAGGCACUAUUCAUCGCGACGCCGAAGGGAACCCAUCCGGCCUUCUUGAUGAGGGUGCCAUGAUGUCUAUCAUCUGGCCAUAUCAGGCCGUUUCUGCUUCGAAGGAAGAGCGCAUUCAAGCCAUAUGGGCAGCCAUUCAAGAGUAUAACUCGGCAGGGUACACGGGUAUAGUGGAGAUGGCCAUGGAUGAAGAAGCAUGGGAUGCGCUUGUUACUUUGCGUGAAAUGGAGCCGGAUCUUCCAUUACGAAUUGCAGCAUACUGGCUGAUCAAGCCAACAGCAAACCUCGAGGAGAACUCGCAUCAAGUUCAGCGGGCAAUUGAAUUAUCGAAGAUUUAUAACGCUGAAACCAGCCCUGAUCUCCGAAUCGUCGGGGUCAAGGUCAUCUGUGAUGGAAUAAUCGAUGCCUGUACGGCUUAUCUCUCACAGCCAUACGCUCCUGUCGGUUCUCCGCCACCGAUUUGGGCUCCGGAACACCUACACCCAGUCGUCAAAGAAGCAGAUACCGCAGGCUUACAGAUCGCACUGCAUGCAAUCGGUGAUGGGGCGAUCAAGAUGGCCAUUGAUGCGAUUGAAAAGAAUGCCACACCUGGUCGUCGGCAUCGCAUUGAACACAUCGAGCUUGCAUCGCCAGAGGAUGCUAAAAGACUCGGCGCCUUGGGUCUAACGGCCUCUAUUCAGCCAGUACAUGCCGAUCCAUCUAUCUUGACAGAAUGGCCGCGAUUGCUGGGAGAAGACCGGUGUCAACAAGCUUUUGCCUAUCGGGAAUUCGCCGAUGCUGGGGCAUUGAUGGCUAUUGGCAGUGAUAGUCCAACAUCGCCAUAUGCGCCUAUGGACAACCUCUACGUGGCUACAACACGACGUUCUGCGAGAGAUCCUCAAUAUACGAAAGUGGUAAACGAACACUUCCAAUUAGGAAUGUGUGAAUCUAUUGUUGCAGCAUCAGGUGGUGCAGCUAUGAGUGUCUUUUCAGAAAAUCGAACUGGCACCCUGGCUGUCGGAAAGCUAGCAGAUUUUGUCAUCGUAGAUAUGGAUUGGGAUGCAAAGUCUCUCCUCCAAGCAAAGAUCAAGGAGACGUGGUUUGGUGGACGCAAGGUCUGGGGUAAAUAG